UCGAUACACACCUGCCUUACAAGUUAUAAUAUCCUCUGCUAGCUCUCUUUACAGUUCCAACCGCAAUGGCUGCCAGGAGAACCAUUCUUCUCGCCGUGGCUGCGAUGGCCGUCCUGAGCACUGCGUCAGCGGCAAUCUACAACGUGGGCGAGCCGGGCGGCGCAUGGGACCUUAGCACCAAAUACGACACUUGGGCGUCCUCUAGGAACUUCCAAACCAGCGAUCGGAUCGUCUUCAAGUACUCCCCUCAGGCACACGAUGUCCUUGAAGUCAGCAAGGCAGACUACGAUUCUUGCAGCACUGCCAACCCCGUCACCACCUUCAACUCCGGGAAUGAUGUUGUCACCCUCACAGCCAUCGGCACCCGGUACUUCAUUUGUGGUUUCCCUGGUCAUUGCGCGGGCGGCAUGAAGGUUAAGAUCGAUGUCAUGCCAGGCUCCUCCUGCAUUGGAUAAAAGUGCUUCAUCCA